UUUGUUUGGCUAUUUUUCUUAUUUAUUAAUAAAAUUUCAUGUCCCUGCGUCUCUCUCUCUCUCACUCACAAACACGUAAAUCCACGUUUAGGCAUUGCCUUUUCGUAGUUAUUGACUGACCCUGAUGUGAAAUUAUACCAACUCUUCAAUUUUAGUUUUUCCUUUUUUGGGAUCUUUUGACGACUUUUUUAUGGGUCUUAAUGGGUUGGGAAGAUGGAUAUUUUCUCUGACCCAUUGAGAAUCUGAAUGUGCCUGGUAUUGGAGUGAAAGAUGAAGGAUUUUCCUGGGACGCCUGGGACUUUCACCGGGCUUGUUCUCAGGAUUUCACAGUGCAUUUUUGCGGCUGGGUCGAUUGCUUCUAUGGCCACCACCACCAGUUUCUUCAAUUUCACAGCUUUCUGCUACCUGAUUGCUUCAAUGGGUUUACAAGUCAUCUGGAGCUUUGUGCUUGCUGUGUUAGAUGCAUAUGCCUUGGUGAGAAAGAAGGUCCUGCAUAAUCCUGUUUUAGUUAGCCUCUUUGUGGUCGGGGACUGGGUGACUGCAACACUGUCUCUUGCAGCAGCUUCUGCCUCAGCUGGCAUCACGGUGUUGUACUUUGGCGACUUGGGAAGCUGCAAGUUAGGAGAAGAAUGCCAGAAGUACCAGAUGUCAGUUGCCUUGGCCUACAUGAGCUGGGUAACAGUUGCAAUUUCAUCUCUAAUUAUGCUUUGGCUUUUGGCUGCGGGUUAGACCUUUUCAUUGUAUAUAGGCCACUCAACCCAUCUGUCUUACAGAAAUUUUGAUCUUUUCGUGAUGUUGAUAGAAAAGGAAACAAGCAAAACAACGUUGCAAUGCUUUACAAUUACUUCAGUUCCUUCAUUUUUUUUUCCCCAGGUGGGUUGGGGAAAGGUACAGUUUGUAUUCUUGUGGAAUUAAAUUAAAAAAAAUGGAAAUAUAUCUUGUUGAGGAAAUGA